AAGAUGUGUCACGUGUUGUUCGCUGAACUGUCCCAAUCUCAAACUCUUUAUUUCUGAUCACACGGGUGAUAGCUGGAGUUCUGCCACGCACUGCAGCGGGGUGCUGGGAUCGAAAUCAUGGAGGAAAUGAACCAAAAUCAUCACGAUGACUUAGUUCUCUUUGUAAAUGGCAAAAAGGUCGUUCAGAGAAAUGCUGAUCCAGAAAUGACGCUCCUGACCUUUCUCAGGAGAAAGUUGAGUCUGACAGGAACUAAGCUGGGAUGUGCUGAAGGUGGCUGUGGUGCCUGCACUGUGAUGGUGUCCAGGUUUAAUUCACAUCACAACCAGAUUAUUCACCAUGCUGUUAAUGCCUGCCUAGCCCCUCUGUGCUCUCUGCAUCAUUGUGCAGUCACUACAGUUGAAGGAAUUGGCAGCGUAGCCAGCAAACUCCAUCCUGUCCAGGAACGAAUUGCAAAGGCUCAUGGAUCUCAGUGCGGUUUCUGCACUCCAGGAAUUGUCAUGUCCAUGUAUGCCCUGCUGAAGAACAGCCCACAGCCUUCAAUGCAGGACAUGGAGGAAGCCUUCCAAGGUAAUCUAUGUCGCUGCACUGGCUAUAGGGCCAUUCUUGAGGGCUACAAGACCUUCGCAAAGCAGGGAGGAUGUUGUGGGGGCAGAAGAAAGGGCAACGGCUGUUGCAUGACCAGUGCACAUGAAGAUGAGCAUGUCAAUGGAGAUUCAACUCAUUCAGGUCAACAGCUGUUCGAUCCAUCAGAAUUUAUGCCACUGGAUCCAACACAAGAGAUCAUUUUCCCUCCUGAACUGAUAAGUCUUGGUAAACAGCCACCUAGGUCAUUGAGAUUCAUCGGGGAGAGAGUACUGUGGAUUCAGCCCAGCUCGCUGAAUGAACUCCUGCAGCUCAAGGCAGUCUAUCCAGCAGCCAAGCUGGUGGUGGGGAACACUGAAGUAGGUAUUGAAAUGAAAUUCAAGAACCUCCUGUACCCUGUGAUCCUGGCACCAGCAUACAUCCAAGAACUCAGCAGCAUUCAAUACACUGAAAAUGGGAUUGAAUUUGGAGCAUCUGUCACAUUGACUGUGCUGGGGAAGAAAUUGCGUGAAGAGGUAGACAAGUUGCCCAGCUACAAAACCGAAGUCUUCCAGGCCAUACUGGAGCAGUUGCGCUGGUUCGCAGGACAGCAGAUCCGAAAUGUUGCUGCUAUUGGUGGGAAUAUUAUGACAGCAAGUCCUAUUUCAGACCUUAACCCUCUGUUUAUGGCGGCGGGCUGUAAGCUAACUCUGAUGUCCAAAGAGGGGAAACGUGUCCUUCAGAUGGAUGACAAGUUCUUCAGUGGCUACAGGAAAACUGCUCUGAAACCUGAAGAGAUUCUGCUGUCCAUUGAGAUUCCAUACACAAAAAAGGGCCAGUAUUUCUCAGCCUUUAAGCAGUCAACUCGCAAGGAGGACGACAUCGCCACCGUCACUUGUGGAAUGAAUGUCAUCUUCCAGCAGGGCUCCAACAUCAUUCAGGAUAUCCAACUCAGCUAUGGAGGAAUGGCCCCCACCACUGUUCUCACCACUGCUACGUGCAACCGGCUCAUUGGCAGGAGGUGGGGUGAGGAGCUGAUGGAGGAUGCCUGUUCUUCCCUAGCUGAGGAGAUGACACUGUCCCCCUCUGCUCCAGGUGGGAUGGUGACAUAUAGACGCGCGCUGACCAUCAGCCUGUUCUUCAAAUUCUACCUCACCGUCCAGCAAAAACUGGCUCAGAUGCAUCUUUCUGUUGAAGAUGUCAAACCUAAUUAUGCCAGUGCUAUAGAGCUGUUCCACGUGGACUCUCCAACCAGUGUUCAGCUUUACCAGACAGUUCCACCUGGUCAGAGCACAGAUGAUAUGGUAGGUCGUCCUAUCAUGCAUCUAUCUGCCCUUAAGCAGGCCACAGGAGAGGCAGUGUACUGCGACGACAUCCCUCAAUAUGAGAACGGGCUCUAUUUGGCCCUGGUCACCAGCACUAAAGCUCACGCUUACAUUAAAUCUAUAGAAACUGAUGAUGCUAUGGCAGUUCCAGGAGUAGUUACAUUUGUCUCUGCCAAGGACCUCCCCGGGAGCAAUGAGACUGGACCUGCUGUCUAUGAUGAGACUGUCUUCGCUGACAAGGUCACAUGUGUGGGACACAUAGUGGGAGCCAUUGUGGCAGACACGCAGGCUCAUGCACAAAGAGCAGCCAAAGCUGUGAAGAUUUCUUAUGAGGAACUCCAGCCUGUGAUUGUUACCAUUCAGGAUGCCAUUGCCAAUCAAUCAUUCUACCGGCCAGUGAGAAUGAUAGAGAAAGGAGAUCUCGCUAAAGGGUUUCAUGAGUCUGAUAACAUCCUGGAAGGUGAGAUACACAUAGGAGGGCAGGAACACUUUUACCUGGAAACAAACUGUACCCUGGCUGUCCCGCGAGGAGAGGACGGAGAGAUGGAGCUGUUUGUGUCCACACAGUCGGCCUCCAAGACACAAGCACUUGUAGCCAAAGCACUAGGAGUGCCGGCCAGUCAUAUAGUGUGUCGAGUGAAAAGAAUGGGAGGAGGAUUUGGUGGGAAAGAGAGCCGGAGCGCCAUUCUCUCCACUGUCGUGGCUGUUGCUGCCCAUAAAGUCAAAAGACCAGUUCGCUGCAUGUUGGACCGUGAUGAGGAUAUGCUAGUCUCAGGUGGCCGACAUCCAUUCUUUGGGCGUUAUAAGGUUGGAUUCAAGAAAAAUGGAAAAGUGAUGGCUCUUGAUGUGACUUACUACAGCAAUGUAGGAAAUUCAAUGGACCUUUCUCUAUCAAUUAUGGAGCGGGCGCUCUUCCAUAUGGACAACUGCUAUAACAUCCCUCACAUUCGUGGCACUGGUUAUAUGUGUAAGACCAAUCUACCCUCCAACACUGCGUUCAGGGGCUUUGGCGGGCCGCAGGGAAUGAUGGUAUCAGAAAGCUGGAUAAGUGACGUUGCUCUGUGCUGUGGCAUCCCUGCUGAACAGGUGAGGGAAAUAAAUCUAUACAAGCAGGGAGAAUGCACCCCAUUUAAUCAGUGUCUGGAGCAGUUCACCAUAGACCGCUGCUGGGAGGAGUGCAUGAAUAUCUCAGACUUCCAUCAGCGCAAGGCCAGAGUGGAGCUGUACAACAAACAACAUCGCUGGACCAAAAGAGGCCUGUCCAUCAUUCCCACCAAGUUUGGUAUCAGCUUUACUGCCAUCUUCCUCAACCAGGCAGGAGCGCUAGUUCAUAUCUACACAGAUGGUUCAGUUCUUCUCACCCAUGGAGGAACAGAAAUGGGGCAAGGCCUUCAUACUAAAAUGAUACAGGUUGCCAGCAAAACUUUGGAAAUCCCCACCUCAAAGAUUCACAUCAGUGAGACGUGUACUAACACAGUUCCAAACACAAGCCCUACUGCUGCCUCCGCUUCCUCAGACCUCAAUGGCAUGGCUGUCUAUAAUGCAUGUCAGACAUUGCUGCAGAGACUGGAUCCAUACAAAGCCAGGAACCCAAAGGGGAGCUGGGAGGAUUGGGUGAAAGCAGCUUACUUUGACAGGGUGAACUUAUCAGCCAAUGGGUUUUAUAGGACUCCAGAUCUUGGCUAUGACUUUGAAACAAAUUCAGGACGUCCAUUUAACUACUUCAGUUAUGGAGUAGCUGUCUCAGAGGUGGAGAUAGACUGUCUGACUGGUAGUCACAAGAACCUACAUACCUCUAUUGUCAUGGAUGUGGGCAAAAGUCUGAAUCCAGCGUUGGACAUUGGUCAGGUGGAGGGUGCGUUCAUGCAAGGUGUGGGUCUGUUCACACUGGAGGAACUACGCUACUCUCCCCAAGGUCAUCUGUACACCCGUGGACCCGGCAUGUAUAAGAUUCCUGCUUUUGGCGACAUUCCAACUGAACUGAAGGUGUCGCUCCUUAGAGAUGCCCCCAAUGAGAAGGCCAUCUUCUCCUCCAAGGCUGUUGGAGAGCCUCCUCUCUUCCUGGCAGCUUCUGUCUUCUAUGCCAUUAAAGAUGCCAUUACUGCUGCCCGGGCUGAGUCUGGCCUUUCUGGACCUUUCAGAUUGGAUAGCCCUGCUACCCCUGAGAGAAUACGCAAUGCGUGCGAGGACAAAUUCACCAAACUAUGCCCUCCCCCAGAGCCAGGGACUUAUACACCAUGGGAUGUGAGAGUCUAAUACAGGGAAGACCAGGAGCACCUACUAUUAUCCUACCAUUUAACUUUUAGCUACUUUUGCUGGUUGUAUAUGAACACACAAAACUCGUCAUUGUUGAGAUCAUGUCAUAGGAACUCUCAUUUAUGUACAAAGACUGCGAAAGAAAGAGGGAUCCAGUAUGUUGUUCAUGCCUUAAAAGGUGGAGUUAUACAUCAUAGAAUAAUUUAGGUAUUGGCUUGUGGUAGAACAUUGCAUUGUUUAAUUGCUUUAAUGACUCCAUAUAAAUAUUUAAUUAAUGUGAAUUUACUCAACAAAACUAAUUUUAGUAAUUUUAUCUAACCACUAUUGUACCAGUUGUAGCCUACAGCAUACUCUGGCCACCAUCCUCAUCAUCAUCAUCAGUAUCAUCAUCAUCAUUAUCAACCGCUUAGUCCAGUACUCUUGCCAUCAUGCUAAUGACAAUCAUAAGCACAUCAAUUGUUGACAGAAUAUAUUCUGAAAUGAUUAUUGCCUUUAUGAAAAUAUGUCUCUGUUUAUAGUAUGUAACCCCUUGAGGUCACCAGUUAAAGAGAAUUUACUGUGCUGUUGGCAAGUGCUGUAGCCUAAAGCAAGGUUCUCUUUCAACAAUCAUUUGAUAUCUCACUAUGGAAAACACCCGCUGCAUGACCAACCACCAGCAAGAAAGGCACCACAACUGGCAGUGCCAACUAACAGACCAAUCAUGACCAUGAUUUGGGAGCCCCCACCUCCCCUUAUAAAUUGCGGCGGUGCUCACAUCCAUUAAUUCUAGUUCUCUUCCCAGUGAAGACGCAGCAAUAGUUGCUUGCUACUAAAGGUGUAGAGGUGGAAGGUGAAAAAGGGCAUGGAGGUUUUUUCACGCUUGCUGCGUAAGGAGCCAGAGGAUGACGAUGAAAAUUAUGCCAUCCUACCUUCAGCUCAGAUGCCCUGGUCUGCUAGCUUCCUAAGUGAGCCUUCCUCCUAUUACGACCUAAUCAGAUUUUGCAGACGAGCUGCAGCUAAGCUCCACAUCGACUGGCCCACUUCCCUGAGCAGCCAGGGAGUGGAGCACUAUAUGUUCGAUGGAAAAAGACUGCACGCUUGGCCUCUGGCUUAACAAGCUAAUUCCCUCUCUGUGGAGAUUAAAUGGUUUUGGGACAAAUUGUUUUUUCACCACAUGCUUUUCUAGGCUGGACAUCAGUGGUAUGGACGAGCUUCGGCUCUCCAGCCCUCCUGUGGUGGAAUCUUUGGUGGAAUCUGCACCUGAAAAGGAAAGCUGCUUUCUCCGCAGCUGAUCUCUCCCUUCUGAGAAAAACAGAGCAAUGUACUGCCACCAUUCCCAAGAAGAUUUUUACGUCUUCAGCUCUGGCUGUCAGAGCCCUUGAUGCUUCCACACUCCUCGCUGCCUACCAAGCUGAGCUCCUGGAAGAGAUGGGCAAGCAGCUAACCCCAUCCUAUGGGAGAACACCUACAUGGUCAUGGUCUGCAUGGACAUCAUCCUGCACACAUCACAUGGUGCAUUCAGAGCUUCGAGUGCUUUAUGGGCAUGGCAGUAAUAGGAGAGCACUUUAGCUGAAUUUGUCUGAAUGACAGGGAGAAAUUGGAGAUCUUGGAUGCUCCCAUGGACCCAAAGGAACAGUUUGAUCCCAGCAAUCGUGGCCAACUUCUGGUCUGGCUUGCCACAGACACUGCAUGUCUCCUCAUCCUGUGUUCACAUUCUCUCAGGUGCUGCCUG